GGGCGAGCAAGGCGCACCUGGAGCCGCUGGAGCAGGAGCUGGAGGCGGCGCUCAGGAGGGAGCACAAGGGGGGGAACCCCAAAUUUGGGCCCCCCAAAAACGUCCUGGGGCUGCAGCUGGUCCGCAAACAGAGUAUUUUGGGGUUCCAGGGGGGUCUCCAGAGCCUCUUUGUGCGGGUCGGGGUCUCCCUGCCCCGUUUGGUGCCCCCUGCGCGGCGCCUGCUGGAGCAGGGGCUGCGCUUGGGGGCGCUGGGGGUGCAGCCGGCGCCGCCCUACGAGGCCAACAUCGACUUCGAGAUCCGGUUCAUGGCUGACUCGGGCCUGGUCGGCUGCUGCUGGGUGGAGCUGCCCCCGGGGGGGUUCCAAUGGAGGGGGGACCCCCAGAACUGCCCCCCGGAUUCACCCCAGAACGUGAAUUGGGCCCAAAAGGCCCCGAAUUGGGCCCAAAAGGCCCCGAAUUGGGCGCAGGAGCCCCCCGGGGACCCCCCGAAAUCCACCCUGUGCCAGCUGGAGGCCGACGCCGCCUGGUGGGGGCUCCGGGGCCACCCCCCCGAGGGCGCCUGGCUGGGGCUGCCCCCGCUGCGGGUGCUGAGCCUGGACAUCGAGUGUGCCGGGAGAAAGGGGGUGUUCCCGGAGCCGCAGCAGGACCCGGUGAUCGCCAUCGCGGCCGUGGCGCUGCGGCAGGGGGCGCGCGAGCCCUUCCUGAGGGUGGUGUUCACCCUGCUCAGCUGCGCCCCCCUGUGGGGAGCCACCGUCAGGAGCUUCGACUGCGAGAAGGACCUGCUGCAG